ACAUAGCACCCAGUUCACUGUGUGUGUGUGUGUCUGUGCUGCUGCGUUCCUUCCACCAUCACCAAUUAAAGGAGCGCACUUUAAUUCAUUUUAUAAGGAAAGAAGAAACACUAUUGGUCAUGUGAGUGGUGGUUUCCAUUUUCCCUCCAAUAAAAAGGAUUACAACCGAACACCUUUUGGUAGUGCAAGUACGUAGAGCGACAAUCUCGAGUGACAAUUGGUGGGCUAAGCUAAUUAUGGGUUGGGCUAUAGCGUUGCACGGUGGAGCUGGUGACAUACCAAAGGAUCUGCCGCCGGAGCUUCGUGAGCCCAGAGAAGCCUGCCUCCGCAGUUGCUUACAGAUGGGGGUCGAUGCUCUCAGGGCCCAUAAAUCCCCUUUGGAUGUCGUUGAACUCGUGGUGCGGGAACUGGAAAAUAACCCAUACUUCAAUGCUGGUAAAGGGUCUGUUCUAACCAGCAAUGGUACAGUAGAAAUGGAAGCAUGCAUCAUGGAUGGUAAUACGAAAAACUGUGGAGCUGUUUCCGGCCUAACCACAGUUGUGAAUGCUAUAUCUCUGGCUAGGCUGGUCAUGGAAAAAACUCCACAUAUAUAUGUUGCGUUUGAGGGAGCGGAAGCAUUUGCUAGGGAGCAGGGGGUUGAAACCAUGGAUCCAAGCCACUUUAUCACUCCAAGAAAUAUUGAGAGAUUAAAGCAAGCAAAAGAAGCAAACAGAGUCCAGGUAGAUUAUAAUACACGGCCUAUACCAAAAGAUGAAAAAACACCAGGUCCUAAUGGGGAUAGCCAGCUAGGAACAGUUGGAUGUGUAGCUGUUGAUAGCUAUGGACAUUUAGCUGCUGCUACUUCUACUGGAGGACUAGUAAACAAGAUGGUUGGAAGGAUAGGAGAUACUCCCAUUAUUGGUGCAGGUACAUACGCAAAUAAAAUAUGUGCAGUUUCCGCUACAGGCCAAGGUGAUGCUAUAAUCCGUGCAACUGUAGCGAGAGAUGUGGCUGCUCUAAUGGAGUAUAAAGGGCUUUCUCUCAAGGAGGCAGCAGGCUACGUUGUAGAGGAAUCAGCCCCAAAAGGAACCACUGGCCUGAUUGCUGUAUCUGCCACUGGGGAAGUUACCAUGCCAUUUAAUACAACCGGCAUGUUUAGAGCUUGUGCAACUGAAGAUGGUCACACAGAAUUAGCAAUUUGGUAAAUUUUCAUUUGAAUAGAUUAGUCUUUGUUGUAUUGUCUAGCUAUUGAAAAUCAUUUAUAAUUCAGAUGGGGAUUCAAUCUUUCCA